UAGCUAGCUAGGCGGCGUUCGGACGCCGACAUUUGAAACGUUUUUGGAUUAAUGUGUUUUUAUUUCUUUUUUUAUUUUAAAAAGUAUGCAAUAUUCGGGAACACUUUUUGUCUUUGUCUAAACACUAUAGACAUUUGACAUGUUAUUCUGUUGACUUUAUUUUUGCCAUUGCCUUAUAGCUUGCUUGGGGAUAUGAUGUGCUCUUUUACACAUUAGGAAAUACUGUAAGAAUGUCACUUUAAUAUAAUUGGAAUCGGUAUUUUAUAAUGUAAGAUUAAUAUCUACAUCAACAAACUUCAAUCGUGGAAUUAAAUCGAAUUUAAUUGUUUGUACACUGCAUUGAAUCAUAUCGAAUCAUUCUAUUUUUAAAAUAUAUUGUUUUUGAAUCGUAUCAUAUCAUAACCUGUGUAUCGAGAUUCGAAUCAAAUCUCCUUAUCACAAGCAUUUACCAUCUUUCUUUUCUCAGCUGGUGUUUUCCUGCUCUUUUCCGCUUUCCUCUGUCUGUGGACGACAGCUUUUAGUUUACGCUGAAUUGUCCAUUGUUAAUUUGUGUGGACAUAAACUCUUAUUUCACCACACUCUCGCUACACGAGGGUGUAAUGGCACCUCCACACCUAAGGGAGGCAGGAAUGCACAAGCUGUUUAUUACCGGAAGUACAAAGUAAGGAAAAAAGUUAACAGGCAGGCAGUGUAGUCUUUAAGUAAUGUAGCGUUAAUUCCUUAAUUUCUGCAUUUGUGCUUCAUGUCCUAUAACAAACUACACAUGAUUCAGUAUUGUCUUCAGGAUAAACUCUUCUCAGUGACGCUUCUCAGGAUAACUCAGCUUGCUAGCUGCUGACAAAGGGUGACGUAACAACACAUACUGCGCAUGUGUCAAUCGCCAUUUUGCGCUACUCUUGGUACGGUUUCAACGAAAGGAAUCAGGGUUAAAAAAGGUUAGCGAAACGAAAGGAUUUGUUUUAUUUUCUCUACAUAUUCCGCGUGAAGGCCGUUAAUUACCGUGAAGACGAACUUGUACCGGCUCCGAUUCGAAUCUUGUCGGGCUAGCUUAGCUUGCGAGUAAUCAACUCAUCGCUAAGCAGAGAUCCAGUGUGAGUGUAAAUUGUUGUGAUUGUGUGAAAAUGUGCAAAGUACAAAUGCUGAGAGUGUUGGUGGACCAGCGGCUAACUGCGGCUGUUGAAGAAAUAUUUGUCGUGUUAGCAAGAACGAUAGCAGAGUACGAGGAGAAACUUUCUCGAACGAAAGAGGAGAACGAGCGACAACGUCAACUACUGGACGCUGUUUUCAAGAAGCAUCAAGUUGUGUUACACAGAGCAGAUGUCAGUGAAGAACAUCUUCCCCCUGAGCAGCAGGAGUGGAGUUCCAGGGUGGAGCAGGAGGAGCCCAAGCACCCCCACAUUAAACGGGAAGAGUGUGAGCCACAGUGCCCCCACAUUAAACAGGAAGAGGAGGCUCACAGCAUCAGUCUUAAGGGACCACAUCUUGAAGGACUGGAGGAGUUUCCAGUGAUUGGUGUCGCUGUGAAGGGUGAAGAUGAUGAGGACAAAGGUCAAAGUGAGGAGAAGAGAGAGGUGGAGCUUCCAAGCAGCAGCUCAACUGAACACAUAACAGAAGCUGAUGGAGGCCACAGUGGAGGAUCACAAGCAGACAACUGCUUGGCUCCACUAUCAGAUAGUGACUGCACAAUGUCUCACACUCCUGGCAAAACCUUCAAGCGUGGGAGCAAUUUGCAAAGACGCAUGAUACGUCACAAAGGAGAGAAACCAUUCAUGUGCUCAGUUUGUGGCAAAAGCUUCUAUGAGACGGCACAUUUGGAAGUCCACACCAGAAUCCACACGAGAGAGAGAUGUUUUUCCUGCUCAGUUUGUGGCAAAAGCUUCUAUGAGAAGGCAUAUUUGCAAGUCCACACCAGAAUCCACACUGGAGAGAGACGUUUUUCCUGCUCAGUUUGUGGCAAAAGAUUUGUACGUAAGUCACAUUUGAAAGUCCACACCAGAAUACACACUGGAGAGAAACCCUUUUCUUGCUCAGUUUGCGGUAAACGCUGUAAUGUAAAAAGUAACUUGAAGGUUCACAUCAUGACACAUCACAGUGAAACAGCGUGUGCGAUGAACAGUUCUCUCAAAAGUGCCAGGUUAACAACCACAAGUGUGCUGGAGGUUUAAAAGGUAUAGAAUGUGAGUCUUUACAGCUUUCAUUGUGAUGAGAAUAUGUGAUGUGUCAGAUUGUAUGUAGACCUAACAACUUCCCGAGAACCCGAUGUGGUUGUCAUAGUAAUCAUUGCACCCUCGUCACUACCUCGUUCCGCUCCUUUUCUCUGGGAGGCAUUGCAGAACAUGAAUCAAAACUGCUAGACUUUCCAAAGGUUUCUUUCCCAUUGCUGUUCAACUCAUAUCCAGCAUGUUGUUAGCUUGACGACUGUAGCAUUGUCACCUUACUAUAAUUAAAUAUCUUGAAUGUG